CAACAAUUCAACUCUCGAUUGAAACACUUCACUGAUGGAUCAACCUCACGUUAUCAUCUUCCCCUUUCCACUACAGGGCCACGUAAACUCCAUGCUCAAGCUCGCUGAGCUUCUCUGCCUUUCUGGCAUCCAUGUCACUUACCUUGUAUCUGCUUCUAUCCAUGGCCGCCUCCUAACUCACACCAAUGUCCAACCCCGGUUCAAUCACUAUCCCGGAUUCAGUUUCCAAACCCUUCCAGACGGCCUUUAUGAAGGAAGUUUACACAACCCUGAUGGGAUAAUACAGAUGUAUGAAUCUCUGAAAGCCAUAGCGAAACCAUUUCUCAUAGACUUGAUAGUUUCAGAUCGUCUGAGUAGCGACGCCCGCCGGCCAGUGACGUGCAUUAUAGCCGAUGGUAUUCUGAGUCUAGCAAUUGAAGUUGGUGAAAAGACUGGUAUUCCGGUUAUAUUUUUCCGUACGGUGAGCGCUUGCUCGUUUUGGGCUUAUUUUUGCAUCCCCGAACUCAUUGACGCCGGCGAGCUUCCUUUCAAUGGAGACAAUAUGGAUGAAGGAAUAGCGAAUGUGAAGGGCAUGGAAGGGUUUCUCCGGCGACGUGAUCUACCGAGCUUUUGCCGCGUCAGCAACUUGGAAUCCGAUGACUUCAAGAUAGUUCUUACUGAAACCAGGCGAACCCCUCGAGCCCAAGCUCUCAUACUCAACACAUUUGAAGACCUUGAAGGAUCAAUUCUCUCUCACAUCCGUUCUGUUUGUCCAAAACUCUACACCAUCGGGCCACUCCAUGGUCAACUGAAGACCAGCCUCGCCAGAAAAACAACUUCCUCCUCGACCUCUUCGAACAGUUUGUGGGAGGAAGAUAGGAGCUGCAUUAGGUGGCUUGACGAGCAGCCCAUGAAAUCUGUGCUCUAUGUGAGCUUCGGAAGCAUAGCGGUGGUGACAAGAGACCAGCUCUUGGAGUUCUGGCACGGUUUGGUGAAUAGUGGGAAGCGAUUCUUGUGGGUCAUGCGGCCGGACUCCGUUGCCGGAAAAGAUGGAGAACAUCAUAUUCCGGCUGAGCUGGAGGAGGGUACGAAGGAAAGGGGGUACAUGGUGGGUUGGGCCCCACAAGAGGAAGUUCUGGCCCACCCAUCCAUUGGUGGUUUCUUGACUCAUACUGGUUGGAACUCUACUUUGGAAAGCAUAUUGGCGGGUGUGCCAAUGAUCUGCUGGCCAUACUUUGCUGACCAGCAGGUGAAUAGUAGGUUUGUGGGGGAGGUUUGGAAUCUUGGGGUGGACAUGAAAGACACUUGUGACAGAGUCAUAGUUGAGACGAUGAUCAAUGAUCUGAUGGAGGUGAGGAGGGAUGAGUUCAAGAAAUCAGCAGAUGAAAUGUCAAAGUUGGCGAAAAGGGCUGUGAGUGAAGGUGGGUCCUCAUCCUGUAACUUGGACCGUCUGAUUGAGGAUAUACGAUUGAUGAAUGGUGGAGGAGCAACUCAUAGCUAA